UGUUCCUGUAAAAAUAAGUAUGAUCCGACAAUAUUAUGAAGUCCUGUUGUACAAAAAAGAUCCCAUUCAAAUCUGUAGUGUUAGCUUUGUAGCUAGUAGAUAGCUAACACAUGCUGCUAAAAGGAUCAGAGGCACACGUUUCAAAGAGCAGACAUUGAGUGGCAACUGUGUAUUAUGUGUUAAACAACACUUGAAACUGGUUAAAUGUCUAAACAAGUCCACUGGAAACAGAAGUUAACGGUAAAGUAAGCUAUUUCUAUAAUACCUUUUUUAGCACACACCACGCUUUGGCAGACCAGAAAUGACGUCAGUAAACAACACAGCCAGUCUUCUUUUUCUUCUGUACUGCCGUCUGCCGUUUGGAGGAGGACAUUAUCCACUUAUGACAUUUUUACCUUAAACUGGUUAUAUGUAGUAUUUUAUAGAUUGGUUACUGCUGUAUCUGAGAAAAAUCAUAUAUUGUGCAUCGACCACCGUUGUAUACCAGUUUAUCCUCUAAGUUAGCUGUUAACUAAUGCUCAUUUUUGACACAUUUAAACAUACUUUUUACACCAACGUUAACGCCUUAACAAAUCAACAUGUUGUGAGUUUUGUAUAACUGUUUCUUCAUCGGAGAUAUUACGUAUAACAUAUUUAGCUUAGCUUUAGCUUAGUCUGAAGGCAGCAAAGUUGUUCACGUUACUAUGGAAACUUGGCGUCAGUGUGGUAAAUGAAUCCUGGUGUCAUGGGAUGUCAGUUUUAAGUGCGUUUAGGACUUGGACCGUAUCACUGAUGUUGUAGGUAUACCUGAACACAAGUAAACCAGGUGUACAAUUAAAUGAAAAAAAGAGUCUUGAGACAUGGACAACUGUGAUUUGGAGAAGUUAUCUGUGUCUGUUGGGAAGCUCCUUCCUGCUUUCACACCACAAGUCACAGACUACAGAGUGACGGUGGAGAGCAAUGUGAACAAAGUGAGUCUGAAGCUGAUCACCAGUGACUGUGGAGCUUCAUACAAUAUUCUUUGUGGAGAUGGUUCCAGCACCAUUAACCUGAAUGAUGGGUUAACCAGAGUGGACAUCGAGGUGAUAGCAGAGGAUGGCACCGUUAAGAAAUACUGUGUGGAAAUCACCAAGCUGUCUGCAAAGGUCGCAGCACUCAGUGAUCUGGCUUUGGAUGGAGAUAUUCCACGUAAUCCUGCAUUCUGUACCAAAAUCUAUGAAUACAACAGUGUUGUUCCAUUUCAUUGUAACGCGGUGACCCUGCUUCCCAAGGUGCCGGACAGAAACAUAAAAGUUGCAGUGAAUCAGGGAGAGAGCUCACAGCCAGUCCCUCUGAAUUAUGGCGACUCUGUGGUGGAGAUCUCAGUCCGUUCAGCAGAUGGCAGCAAUUCACAGGUGUACACACUGCUGGUGACUCGAGAGCUGAUUCCCAUGGCUGUGACCUUCACUGAUGGGAAGCAGCAGCUGGACUACGAAUGUCCAGUAUCUCUGACUGCCUUUUAUAGACCCAUAUUUAUCAAGCACAGUGACCCAAAGCACAUCUUCUCAAGGCCUUAUAUUGAGAUGCUGGCACGCAGAUCAAAAGUCGACCCACUUAGCGACGGUCCGCUGGGAGACGGCUGGAAGGUCGUUGAAAUGGACCUCGACAGGAAGAUGUCGGAUGCUCUGGUCAAGUGCUUUUUUAAUUACAGAGGAUGUGUCAGUGAGAUGAAGCUGAGUGAGCUGGGGUCACACUCCCUGGACUGUCCACACAGGCCCACAGGGGAGCUGGAUGCAAAGGAUGUCACGGAGACUGAUUGGUACAAGAAGCAUUUUGCAUCAUCCAGUUGUUUGGAGAUCGACACUAAACACACUUUGGAGGUGCGUAACUGGGAGAAAAGACUACAAAUUACAGAAGGAGAAGACAGUGUGGAGGAACUGUGCGCCUCGGCCCAGGAUCACCUGAAACUCUACCGCCAACGCCUGCCUAAACCCGGGGAUGUGUUGCAGUAUGAGGAGGGACAGUCUCCUCUGUACAGCCUGGAGCAGGCGGCUGUCCUCCAUGCAUCAGCCAUCAGACUCAGCUCCAGAGAGGCCCGACUCCACUUCCUGCUGGGCCUCUCUCUGGAGGAGCAGCACUACGCCACCGAGAUGUACGGCCUCCGCAGGAAGGCUGACAGAGGCAGAGAUGAACUGAGCGAUGCCAAGUCGACGGCCCGUCAGGACGACAUCCUGGCGGUGUGUAAGCUCCAUGGAUUCCUCGGCAGGCCCACGGUGGAGAACCAGCUGCAGGCCCUGGAUAAAGAGUAUCAGCAGCUCAGAGACCAGGGCCAGUCUGGCAGAGCAGACUACGUUCAGACGCUCUAUAUCUGGCUCUCUAAGAAAUCUGGCAAGGACAGCAGUGCAGCGGUGCGGGAUGAAGGGAGUGGUCUGCACCGCGCCCUGAUGAAGUACCUGGACGCCUGGUCUCUGAAUCCUGACAGCUGGGAGUUCAGCCUCCACACAGGGAGGCUGCUGCUGCUGCAGGGGAGGGGGGGCGAGGCCCUGCAGCACCUCCAGAGCGGCCUGGCCCUGCGCCCGCUGCACCCUGCUCUCAGAUUCUUCACCGGGCUGGCUCUGCUGCACCAGGAGCAGAAAGCCUCUGAGGACACAGAGAAGGAGGCUGCUCUGCUCUUACACCAGGGACUGGAGCACUUUGUCCGACAGCGCUGCAGCAAGAGCAGGGUGGAGCAGGACCCUUCGGACCCUCUCUCCAGCCGCAGCACUCAGUUCCUGCGAGGCCUUCUCACUCUGGGUCAGCUGCAGCAGAAACACACUCUGUCUUUGCAGGCCAUGAGCGCGGAGCAGGUCUAUCACAUUGUAGCAGUGCUGUCUGCCCAGAGUGUGAGUCAGUGUGUGUGUCGUGGCGAGGCGGUGGUGCAGCUGGAGUGGGUGCUGCUGGAUGCUCACUUCGCCCUGCUGCAGAGGCUGAUCCAGGAUCAGGCUGGCAUGGAGAGGCAGUCCCUGGUGGCCAAGAGAUGCCAGGCUCUCACUGCGCUCAUACGCCUCACCUCCAUCGCCCCCUGUCAGGAGCUGCUGGACAUGCAGGAGAGGGUAUGUCAGCUGGCAGUGUUGACGACCCCGAGGGACAGCCCCGCCCUCUGUCUCCUGGGCCGGGCACAGCUGGCUCAAUACGACAACAACCCAAAUUCAGAAAGGUCAAAGGAAGCCUUACGUGACGCCUGCCUCAGCUUCCAGGCCAGCAUUGAGCUGGAACACAAGACGCUGAGCGGAGAGCCACUGGAGCAGCUGACCAAACAAAAGUGGUGGCAGGAGGCUGAAAACCAGAAAGCUGCAAAGCCCUCGAUCAGCCAACCAGUGGGGGUGAAGGGACCCUCUGACACCGGGGGGGCCAGGAGAGGAGCAAAGCAGAGCAGGGGGGGGCCCGGUCAGAGGCGGGGGGCAGGAGCUGGGACCAAAGCUCCUGCCCCCCCGGCCCCCAUCAGGGGAGGGAGAGCCGCCCAGCCUGCAGCCAGAGCCCCUGCAGCCAGGGGGAGAGCUGGAGCAGCAGCCAAGCCAGACAGAUCAGCUAAACCCUCCACCAGCAUCACUAAACCUCAGCUGCCCACCAGCAGCUCUCAGCAGGAAGGUCAAUCAAAUACUGUUAAAGCAGCAGAGGAGCCUGCUGUGGACGACGCAGUGAUCGUGUCCGGUCCGAUGAACCGCAGCUCUCAUGUCUCGCGGCUGGGUUUAGCCCGCGCUCUGACCCGCUCUGCAGACACACAGGAACGGGCCAGGCAGCUCUACCAGGAGGUCAUCGCCAUGGCACCAGGGGUCCAUGAUGCCUACAUUGAGCUGGUGCAGCUGCUGGAGGAGUGCGACCCUCAGGCUGCGGUGGAGGUGUACUGCAGGUUCCCUCUGAAGCCCGUAGCAGAGCAGAGCUUCGAGGACGCCUUCAUCACAGGAGAGAUCGUCCGCUUGCUGAUGGCGCUGGAGCUGUACGACCACCUGCUGCUGGGCCCCAGCCUGGUGGCGUACGGCAAAGUCAUGGGCCUAAGUUGCCUAGAGAAAUACAUCGACAUCUUGGAUGAUAAGUCCAUGACCAAGCUGCUGAUGAGUGUGUACGCCAAGAUCAGCGACCGACCGGAGGCCGAUCAGGAAAUGCUGGACUUCUUCAAGUUCAGAUGCUGGACAUGAUGAUGCUUAAAACACUGUAACAGAUACCUGUAUGUAUCCGUGUGCUUCCUGAAGUGACCUGCAUACAACUGAUGUUAUUAAUAAACGCUUCU